GCCCGCUUGCCCGGCCGGCGCUGGGAGCGCGGCGGCGGGGCUCCAAGAUGGCUUUGGCCGCGCUCUGUACCCUGCUCGCCGGUUGCUGCAUGGCGGCGGCGGGCAGCGGCCCCGCUGAGGCGGCGGCGGCGGCGGACACGGCGGCUAAGGAGCUGGAGUGUAAGCUGAAGAGCAUCACGGUGUCGGCGCUGCCCUUCCUGCGGGAGAACGACCUCAGCAUCAUGCACGGCCCCUCGGCCGCCGAGCCCAAGCUCCUCUUCUCUGUACGCAACGAUUUUCCCGGCGAGAUGGUGGUGGUGGAUGAUCUGGAGAACACGGAGCUGCCUUACUUCGUGCUGGAGAUCUCAGGCAACACGGAUGACAUCCCACUGGUGCGCUGGCGGCAGCAGUGGCUGGAGAAUGGAACAUUGCUCUUCCACAUCCACCACCAAGAUGGGGCACCCAACCUGCCCGGCUUCGACCCCACAGACGAGCCCCAGACCGAGUCAGCAGAGGAGGAGCUGAGGAUCCUCCACAUCUCUGUCAUGGGAGGGAUGAUCGCCCUGCUGCUCUCCAUCCUCUGCCUGGUGAUGAUCCUCUACACCCGGCGGAGGUGGUGCAAGCGGCGCCGGGUGCCGCAGCCCCAGAAGAGCGCCAGCGCCGAGGCGGCCAACGAGAUCCACUACAUCCCCUCGGUGCUGAUCGGGGGCCACGGGCGGGAGAGCCUGCGCAACGCCCGCGUGCAGGGCCACAACUCCAGCGGCACGCUCAGCAUCCGCGAGACCCCCAUCCUGGACGGCUACGAGUACGACAUCACCGACCUGCGGCACCACCUCCAGCGCGAGUGCAUGAACGGAGGGGAGGACUUCGCCAGCCAGGUCACCCGCACCCUGGACUCGCUGCAGGGCUGCAACGAGAAGGCCAGCAUGGACCUCACGCCAGGGAGUGACAAUGCCAAGCUGUCCCUGAUGAACAAGUACAAGGACAACAUCAUUGCCACCAGCCCUGUGGAUUCCAACCACCAGCAGGCCACACUGCUGUCCCACACCUCCAGCAGCCAACGCAAGCGCAUCAACAACAAAGCACGAGCUGGCUCAGCAUUUCUCAACCCUGAGGGGGACUCGGGGACGGAGGCAGACACGGAUCCCCAGCUGACCUUCUACACGGACCCCUCACGGAGCCGCAGGCGCAGCCGAGUGGGGUCCCCUCGGAGCCCUGUGAACAAGACCACACUGACUCUCAUCAGUGUGACGAGCUGCGUCAUCAGCCUGGUGUGCUCUUCCCACAUGAGCUGCCCCCUUGUUGUCAAGAUCACCCUCCAUGUCCCUGAGCACCUCAUUGCUGAUGGGAGCCGGUUCAUCCUGCUGGAGGGGAGCCAGCUGGAUGCCAGCGACUGGCUGAACCCGGCGCAGGUUGUCCUCUUCUCCCAGCAAAACUCCAGCGGGCCCUGGGCCCUGGACCUCUGCGCCCGGCGCCUUCUUGAUCCCUGCGAGCAUCAGUGUGACCCUGAGACCGGUGAGUGUCUCUGCUACGAGGGUUACAUGAAGGAUCCUGUGCAUAAGCAUCUCUGCAUUCGGAAUGAGUGGGGAACGAACCAGGGACCUUGGCCAUACACCAUCUUCCAGCGUGGCUUUGACUUGGUGCUGGGUGAGCAGCCAUCUGACAAGAUUUUCCGGUUCACUUAUACCUUGGGGGAAGGUAUGUGGCUACCACUGAGCAAGAGCUUUGUCAUCCCACCAGCCGAGCUGGCCAUCAAUCCCUCAGCCAAGUGCAAGACCGAUAUGACAGUGAUGGAGGAUGCAGUGGAGGUCAGGGAAGAGCUGAUGACCUCCUCCUCCUUCGACAGCCUGGAGGUCCUUCUUGACUCCUUCGGCCCCGUCCGCGACUGCUCCCGGGACAACGGGGGCUGCAGCAAGAAUUUCCGCUGCAUCUCGGACCGCAAGCUGGACUCGACGGGCUGCGUGUGCCCAACAGGACUAAGUCCCAUGAAGGAUGGCACGGGCUGCUAUGACCGUCACAUCGGUGUGGACUGCUCAGAUGGCUUCAAUGGGGGCUGUGAGCAGCUGUGCCUGCAGCAGAUGGUCCCCUUGCCUGAGGAGCCUCUGCUCUACAACAUCCUCAUGUUCUGUGGGUGCAUUGAAGACUACAAGCUGGGCACGGAUGGGCGCUCAUGCCAGCUCAUCUCGGAGUCGUGCCCUGAGGCAGGGGACUGCGGUGAGCCCCGCGAGCUGCCCAUGAACCAGACGCUCUUUGGAGAGCUCUUCUAUGGCUACAACAACCAUUCCAAGGAGGUGGCCCCAGGGCAGGUGCUCAAAGGAACAUUCAGGCAGAACAACUUUGCCCGGGGCCUGGAGCAGCAGCUGCCAGAUGGGCUGGUUGUGGCCACAGUGCCCCUGGAGAACCAGUGCCAAGAGGAGCUUUCUGACCCCAUGCCUGACCCUGAGUUUCUCACAGGGAUGGUGAACUUCAGCGAGGUGUCUGGGUACCCUCUCUUGCAGCACUGGAAGGUGCAGUCUGUCAUGUACCACGUCCGACUCAACCAGCUGACCAUCUCCCAGUCCUUCAGCAACGCGCUCCACUCUCUGGAUGGGGCCACCUCCCGUGGAGAUUUUGUGGCGCUGCUGGACCAGUUUGGCAACCACUACAUCCAGGAGGCAGUGUAUGGCUUUGAGGAGUCUUGCUCCAUCUGGUAUCCCAACAGGCAGGUCCAGCGGCAGCUCUGGCUGGAGUAUGAGGACAUCAGCAAAGGCAACUCCCCCUCAGACGAGUCAGAGGAGCGAGAGCGGGACCCGAAGGUGCUCACCUUCCCCGAGUACAUUGCCAGCCUCUCCGAGUCGGGCACCAAGCGCAUGGCAGCCGGCGUGCGGAUGGAAUGCCAGAGCCGUGGGCGCUGCCCCUCCUCCUGCCCCCUCUGCCACGUCACCUCUGGUCCCGAUGUGCCAGCUGAGCCCAUCCUGCUGGAGGUCACCAAAGCAGCUCCCAUCUAUGAGCUGGUCACCAACAACCAGACCCAGCGGCUCUUGCAGGAGGCCACCAUGAGCUCGCUGUGGUGCUCAGGCAGCGGGGAUGUCAUUGAGGACUGGUGCCGCUGUGACUCGAGUGCCUUUGGGGCUGAUGGGCUGCCCACCUGCGCACCUCUCCCCCACCCCAUCCUGCGGCUCUCCACCGUUCAUGAACCCAGCAGUACACUGGUGGUGCUGGAGUGGGGGCACUCAGAGCCCCCCAUCGGGGUGCAGAUCGUCGACUACCUCCUCCGUCAAGAGAAAGUCACCGACAGAAUGGACCACUCCAAGGUGGAGACAGAGACAGUGCUGAGCUUCGUGGAUGACAUCAUCUCUGGUGCCAAGUCACCCUGUGCCAUGCCAGCCCAAGUGCCCGACAGGCUCUCCUCCACCAUCUCCCUCAUCAUUCGCUGCCUGGAGCCCGACACCACCUACAUGUUCACGCUCUGGGGAGUCGAUAACACAGGAAGACGCUCCAGGUCCAGUGAUGUGACUGUCAAGACCCCUUGCCCCGUGGUAGAUGAUGUGAAAGCUCAAGAAAUAGCAGACAAGAUCUACAACCUCUUCAAUGGCUACACCAGUGGCAAGGAGCAGCAAACAGCCUACAACACCCUGCUGGACCUGGGUUCCCCCAGCCUGCACCGAGUGCUUUACCACUACAACCAGCACUACGAGAGCUUUGGGGAGUUCACCUGGCGCUGUGAAGAUGAGCUGGGGCCUAGGAAGGCCGGCCUCAUCCUCUCUCAACUGGGGGACCUCAGCAGCUGGUGCAAUGGCCUCCUGCAAGAGCCCAAGAUCAGCCUCCAGCGCUCGUCCCUCAAGUACUUGGCCUGCCGCUACAGCGAGAUCAAGCCCUAUGGGCUCGACUGGUUGGAGCUCAGCCGGGACCUCAAGAAGACGUGCGAGGAGCAGACGCUGAGUGUCCUUUACAAUGACUAUGGUGACAAGGACUACUGAGGGUUGCUCUCACGCUGGCCUUCCCAUGGGCAUUUGUGAGGGUUUUAUACAUGGACCCAUGGCGUGGGGGAGGGUGUCACUGAUGUCUCUGGAGACAAAAAUUUGGAUUGGGGAGUGGAAGUGGCUGCUCUGUGCAGGACUGACUCAGUAUUAGUUUCUUCUUUGACUUGGUCAAAAGCCUUUCUAGUUAGAAGUCUUGUGGGACCCAGUUUUCUUGGUUUUGUUUUAUUCAUUUUGCCAAGAGGUUCCUCAGCAUUGGUGGAGAGGGCAGACUGGGAGGGCACAGCCCUCUUCUCCUGCCCCAUUCCUGCCCUGGCUGUGGAGACCAUCCCCAAGGGUGGAGGACACUGGUCACAGGAGAAACAUGGUGACACAGCUAAGACAAGAGAGCAGACGAUAUAGGCUUGGGAAAAUGGAGGCAGGGCAUGUGGGCCAGGUUGAGAUGCCAGUGGUCAUGGCUGAGCACUGGAUGGUCAAGAGAGUUGAGAUUACGUUUUUUUUUGGAUCUGUAAAGCAUGAGGUCUGGAUGAGACCUGGUGUCAUUGCAGGGCCUGGCUGGCAGGGUGUCACCAGCUGGGGUGAGGAGACAGGGACACUGGUAAGCCCAUCUCCUCAGGUUCUUCUGUCACUGUCAAAGCCAAGAUGCAGAGUCCUCCAGAGCAAAGGCAGCUUGGCCUCAUCUGGACAUUGUUAGCUUCCUUCUUGUGGAAUGACAGUCCUAGGAAGCCAACUUCAAAAUCCCUUCCAUUGUUUAUAAGUUUACCCACCAUGAUAAAAACUUUGAAGUAACAUCAAACUACUGCUGAGGAGAGCCACAACCAAGAGAGCAGCACCCAGACUGUGAGUGUCUUCUACAAGGCUGUCUUCUGCACCAGCCACCCUGUAGCUCUGGUGUAGCCCAGGCUCUGCAUGAUGAGGGGAGAAGGGUGUAGUGAAGUCUGAUAUAAUGGGAUGGACCUGGAGGUCCAAGUCCCAGAGAGGGCUUAAUGAUGUGGUGUAGCAGACAGGCUUCUGGGGUUGUUGCUUGCUCAGGCUCACACCUGCUGCUCUCACCAAGUGACUUUUUUCUUUAAACCAGAGGACUCAGGUUGCCCUGGGACAGUGGGCUGGGUUCAGAGCAAACUCUUCUUCAAACUGACUGUGUUGGAGUCAGCAAACAGCUUCCUUUUAGGUUCAACUUCCAGCCUGAUUUGCAGAGGAGGUAUCUCUGGGCUUUCCAGCUGUGCACCAUUGAUCCAGCCCAGCCAGGAGCCCUACAGCUGGAUUUUUUUACAAUGGCUCUUCAGAGAGCAAUUUCCUUUUCAUUUUUUCAGCCUUGGCAGCAGCAAUCUUCAGCCUGUCUCUUAUAAUUUUCUGUCUCAUUCCUCCUCGUACCUGCCAAGGACAUGGCUCCAACGUUUGCAUGGUGCUGAGAGGGAGGUGGCUGGACUCUGUGGCCAGGCCCGGCCCCCAGUGCUGUGGAACAGUCGUUCAGCAUCUUCCUGCAGGACCACAGAAUGCUUUGCUCUUCCCUUCUGGUGGGCAGACCUCUCCUCCAGGAGCAGCUGGUCUGGAUCAAGGAGCUGCAGGGAAUGGCCACUAGCAGUCAGCAUUGCCUUGGUGUCCCUGUGUCUUUUAUGUAAUGAAUGUCUAGCAGGGGUCAUCAGGCGAAUGCCUGCUCCUUGCAAGAAGGAAGUCUGCUGGAUUCUUUUGGCUUUUCCCCAUGUGUUUCUCCUUAUAUUUUGAGGUGCCUGAUGCUGCUGAGGGCUUGGGGCUCAGAGCAAGACCAUUGCCAUCUCCAUGCACAGGUAUAGAUGGGCAGGUGAUCCCUACUGAGCCAUCACUUCUUUUCCUUUCAGCCACCAGUAGUCUUGGCCAAGACCCUUUGGUCUAUCCUCUUGCUUCUCCCAGGGGACGCUGAGACAACUUUUACCUUCCUUCUGGGUAGCCAUACAGGGAUGGCCAAAGGACACUUAAACCCAAUGCCUUGGAGGGAUGUUUGAACAAAGGCUGCUCUGGCCCAGACACGAGCUGGUUGCUCACCAGGAAAUGCUGCUCACGUGGCCUUUAUCUGAAGCGCAGACUGUUCUCCUUUGGGUAGCAGACUCCUUUCUUCCAUUGCUUACCAGGUGCCACAGGAGGGAUGGGAGCUGUGCAGCUGGCCAGGAAAACCCUGGACGUUCCAUGUGGUCACACCUACCUGCCUAGGUUAAUUCUUCAUCUGGCCCCAAGGCUUGUGCUGGGGUUCUGCAGUUAUUUCUGUUCUGCUUCUGCACUCACAUUGCAAAGCUCUUGUGUGGUCAACCAAAACCCCACAGCUGGGCUGGUCUCUGCUCCUUUGGCUCCAGCUUCUCCAUGAGGUGGGAUAUGGACCCCUCAGAGGGUGAGGGGACAGCUACCCCUCCAAGGUCUUUCAGCAUCACACUUGCACAGUUGGAUGGAAUUUGGCAUACCUGUCCCAUGAUGGACCACACUGGUAGGACUGUAGUCAACUUUGUUGGCCACCGUGACAUUGCUGUACCCUCUGUGCCAGCAGGUCCUGAUGGUGUGGUACACCUGCAGGACCAUGUCUACAAUGGCCCUAGCUUUGUGAAAGCUUCCUUCUUGGUUUCCUUGCUCUGACUUUACAUCUGAGAAUUUUGCCCAAACUUGGAUUUUCUUGCCAAAGUCCUUCAAAUGCAUGAGUCCAUCUCAGACAAACCCCUGCUGUAGGGACCCAGAUCAGAGUGGGAGUUUGCACCAUGGCUGACGACCUGGCCUCGGAGAGGUGUGUUGUAUGGGGCUUGCUCACUCAAAACAGCCAUGGGCAAGCCCCAAGGUGUGCCUUUCCCUGCAGAGAUGACACCAUCCCUGUCUUGAGCAGGAUCCUACUGUCAGGUCUGCACAAUAUUUUCUCUCUUGGACUCUUGGUUCUUCCCACGCUGCCAACCACAGGAAAGCUGGAGAAGGCAACCCUUUCUAUCCAUUUCUGCAACCUCCCUUGUCCCCCCUGCCCUCUCUUCUUUUGUUUCUGAACUAAUGGGCAAUCAUUCACCUGAGAUGAACCUCUGGGUCGUUAUCUUUCCUUUGCUGCCUCCCCCCUCCCCCUGUAAUAGCAUUACUCCCUUUUCCUUGUCGUGGAGUUAUUUAACAGAUAAAGAUGGUUCGGUCCUUUUCUUUACAAAGAUGGUUACAAUUCAUGUUCCUUGAUGUUCUUCUAUUAAACCUCUAAUGUGACGUUUUACUACUGUAGAUUGAAAGUAGGGUGCUUUAGGGUGAAGAUAGCCACGUGGCAAGAAACAGGAAACCCUUCUGGAUUACUUAAAAAGAGGAAAAUGAAAAAGGUUUUCAACAACAGCAACAGCAGCAACAACAAAAGUCAUUGUACCACGAUGUAAAACUCCAGAUGAUAAUUCAACUGACUAUUAAAAGGAGCUGUUAGUAAUUCGUGGCUCUGGCAGAGUGGAGUCUUUGUUUAUAGCGCUGGUCCCGUUGAUGUCAUCUUUUGGUAGCGGAUGAAACACUCCCAAGCCUUUGAACUUGGGUGCUGUCUUCACACAAGUUUAGCAUUAGCUUGUCUGCCCACUGGGUUAGCCAAGUCCCAAACCACUCAGUUACACACAGCCAGAGCUGUGUCCUCUGCGGCUUGCCUUGCCCACCUGCUCUGCUGGCCGUGGUGAGCUGCAGAUGUCUGCAAGAACCUUGGAAGUGUUGGAGGCAAGAUUUGCACUUACACGUCUUCUGUAAGAGGUUCUCAGCCCUUGCUUUGCAAACCCCCUUAACACUGAGAAUUUGAGAGCAGAGUCCAAAAAAACCCCUCCUUUUAGCCUGGUUUUGGGGUAAGAUGAACAGGAUGGUGCUGGCUGGUGGUCGGCUAUCACCUGAGAACUUCCUGGUCCGUCUAGCAGAUUUUGGACAGAGGACUGUGAGAAUUGGGAUUGUUCAGCCUGCAGAAGAGAAAGCCCUGGGGAGAUUUUGUAACAGCCCUCCACUACAUGAAGUGGGGCUACAAGAAACCUGGAGAGUGAUUUUUUUACAGGGGCUUGUUGUGAUAGGGUGAGGGGGAAUGGAUUGAAGCUGGAAGAGGAGAGAUUUAGACUGGAGAUUAGGAAGAAAUUCUUUAGAGCAAGGGUGGUGAGACACUGCAACAGGUUGCUUAAGGAGGUUGUGGGUGCCCCCUCCUUGGAGGUGUUCAAGACCAGGUUGGACAGGACCUUGAGCAACCUGGUCUAGUGGGUGGUGUCCCUGGCCAUAGCAGGAGGGAUUGGAACUAGAUGAUCUUUAAGGUCCCUUCCAACCCAAGCCAUUCUAGGAUUCCCUGCCUAGCAGUACCACAAAUAUUAACAUCCUACGAACGAUGUGAAAUUCAGUGCUUGAGCCGAGGUGAAAGCUGCAGAGGACACCUAAGGAGUCACUUUCAGUGCAGUGCUGUGUCCAGUGCUCAGGCCACUGUCACUUGUAGGAGCUGGUCCCUUGGUCAAGGCCAAUGUGUACUGCCACCUGCUCUGCCAGAUGGGUGGGAGAAGUGGGGAUUACUGCAGGCGAGCAGACAGGAUGCGUGGAAGGACACGGGAAAGAGGGGAUUUAGGGGCUAUAGACACAAAUCCAUAGGAAACCAGACUUCAUCAAGUCUCAUGGAACAACUUGACUACUUUUUUUUUUCCCUUCUCUUUCUCUUCCCACCACUAAAUUGCAGGAAAAUAAGCUAAAAAUACACUCAAUACUUUCCUUCUGCUACUUUCCAUGCAGCUAAAUGCUGUGGCUGCCACUGGCUCAUUGCACAAUAACCUGUGGCAUGAAGAGGAGGAGAAGGAGGGCUGUGUGGCACGUAGUCUCAAUCCUGAGCUGCUGUGGAAGAAAGUCUUGGUGCAGCUGGCUCAUCACCACAGCAUGGUCUCCUCAGGAGCUCAUCUGGCUUGCAAGCAGUGGGGGCUUGGAGAAAGCCACCCAAAAAGGCUGGAGUGGAUCAUCAGCACAAUGGCAGCUGCUUAGGAAGGCUUUGGUAAUGUGUGUACGUGUUAGGUUGCUCCCAGGAGGGUUUCUCCUGAUGACAUUGGGUGUCCUCUGUAGAGUAAAGUUGAUGGGUGCUUUUGUUGGUUGGGUGGCUGAUGGCUGACCGUCCUUGUUCAUCCUCAGAAAGCAGGUACCACCAUGGAUUGCUGCAUUGCCCCAGGCUGCCUCAUUUCUCCUCCACCAUCAUCUCAAUGGCUGACAAAGCAUUUCAAAUGUGAUUUGUCUUACUGUAAGUGCCACCAUCUUGCUCAGUUGUGCAUCCUCAUCAUCCUGGGGAAGCAGUGGUUGGCAUCUCUUGCCUUGAGGUUUGGUGUUUGGCAGAAAGGAGGCAAUGGGAUGGGAAACACUUCUUCACUUGGCUACUUGGCUACUACCACAGAAAGCUGCUUUUUUGGUUUCAAGGAUGGGGUCAUUUUUUUUUAUCAGGGCCUGUUGUGACAGGACAAGGGGUGAUGGUUUGAAACUAAAAGAGAAAGUUUCAGACUAGCUUGAAGGAAGGAAUUUUUGAUGGUGAGGGUGUUGAAAGACUGGAACAGGUUGCCCAGAGAUGUGGUAGCUGUGCCAUCCCUGGAAACAUUCCCAGGAAUGUUGGCUGGGUCUCUGAGCAACCUGCUCUAUUUGAAGAUGUCCCUGCUGACUGUGGUGAGGUUCUACUAGAUGAUCUUUAAGGUCCCUUCCCACCCAAGCCAGCCUGUGAUUCUAUGAAAUGUGAGACAUACAAGUAGGGUCCUGGUUGCCUGGGGCUGUGGAGCCCCUUAAUGCUGUGGCCUUCAUGUGAGCAAAUCUGGCCCUGGUGGGAGUGCAGGAUUUGAGGAACUUUGCCCCAGAGAGGACAUCUCAUGUCACCAGGAGAUGCUGUCCCCCCUCCAGGGAGCAAUGAGAGAGUCUAUGCAGACUUGAAGUGAAGGAGAGGCCAGUGUGGAGCAAAGGCAGGCAUGUGGCCCUCAGAGAUGUCUGGAAAAAGGGGUUAAGGACCCAGACCCAAAGUACCUCAGUGUGUUCCAAUCAGGGCUGGCUACACGUGGCUCAUCAUGAUAGCUGGUGAUGGGAGGGACACCUCAGCCACGGUGAGGAGGGAAGGCUGUGCAAUGCACCCAGCUGCUCGGGAACCUUGUCCCCAGGUGGUUCCUGCUUGCCUAAGACCCCACUGAAGCACCAGGCACCCCAUGUUAUGUGCUUUUCCUCCCAGUUUCUCAGCCCAUCAUUCUUCUUCUAGGCCCUUGAUGUGUUUAUCAGCCCCACAGGAGGAAAUCUGGGAUUUCAGUGCUUUCCAGGGCCUUGGCAUGGUCCCCAGGGUCCAGCAACCCUCCAGCCCCCAUCCUUCUGCAGGUGCUUGUGGUUUCCAGUCCUUUCCAAUCUUUCCACCUACUCAGCCAUGACUCACCUUCUCCAAUUGCUUGCAUGUGGCAAAGGAAAGAGAAAUAGCACCUAGCAUGGCUUUGGCCUUUUCAAACCCUGCUCUGAGGUGUGCAAUGGUAAUGGAGCAACUUGAGGAACCAUCUCGCCCCUGUUUUAUGGGGGCAGAGGUUUGAACCAUCCCCAGAACUAGUCCACUAGAAAUGCAGCCUGGAUUCUGCUAGCUGCCACUCAUGCAGGCUUGCUCUUGGAAACCAAUAGGACUUCUUUUUCAGGGCCAUUUUAUUUGCUCUGUUGAAACUGUCUUUAAAAAAGGUGAAAAGGGAAGAAAAACCAAAACCAAACCACAGCAUGGUCUCCAAUACACCUGAGCAGUGUAGAAGGCAGCGUUGGGAAGAAGAAAACCCCCACACUCCCCUGACCCCCAGGUUUAGAAAAAGCAGGUUUUCCUCCCAAUAAACCAUGCUGCAGGUCCAAAGAGGUGAACACAGGACAGGCUGGUCUCAUAGAUUCCCAGAAUCCCAGAA